UACGUCACUCACCGGUGUCAGUUGCUCGGCGGCCGCCGGUCACUUGGUGCUGACAGUUGCUGAACAAGGAAGCUGCAACCGGAGGACUGUCACGUGACCCAUGCUAUAGGAGAUUCGGGCAUUGUACCUCAGUGUGUGUCCUGACUGAGCUCGAAAAAAAGAAAAUGCAUUAUAUCUUUGUAUAUGGAACCCUUAAGAAGGGACAACCAAACUAUCAUAUCAUGACAGAUGCAAAGAAUGGAAAAACAGUAUUUAAAGGCACAGGACGAACCAUAGAAAAAUACCCACUGGUGAUCGCUCAAAAAGCCAAUAUACCAUUCCUCAUGAAUGUCCCAGGAACUGGCCACCAUAUUUCUGGAGAGAUAUAUUCAGUUGAUGACCAGAUGCUGCAAUUCCUGGAUGAAUUUGAAAGCUGUCCAGACAUGUACCAACGCACUAUUAAGAGGAUUGAAAUAUUGGAGUGGGGAGGUAAAGAUGAUCUACCUGAAGAAAGAACAGCUGCUAACACUAUAGAGUGUUUUGUCUACAGCACUACAAGCUACCAGCCGGAGUGGCUCAAUCUACCUCACCUUGACUGUUAUGAUUCCUAUGGGACACAUGGUCUUUGUUAUGUUACUCAUCUAGACAGAUAACAGCAGUGACGAAGAUACAGUAGUCAGUGUUUAAAGUGAUUGUACUACUUUUCAAUUUAAAAUAUUCCACCAUUAAUUUACCAAUUCAUUUUUUUACUAGAAACAUAAUUUAAACUUAAAGAUAUUUUAGUAAUAGUAAUACAUUGUAUGACUUGUGUCAUUUGUUUAUGAAAAUCAAAAUCUCCAAAGCAUGUUACAGUUUAUCCAUUUAAUUCUUAACAGAAAAAAGUUUUUUUUUGUGGGGGGGCGGGGGGAUUUCCAUGGAUGCUGUUGUCUCGAAAGGUAAGGCCAUGAAACCUGAUUAAAAUCUGGCUUCCACCCGUACAAAACAAAUGGUAUAAAAAGGACGACCCUCUAGUCCAGUGAUGGCAAACCUGUGGCACGCCGAGCCCCCUCUGUGGGCACGCGGUCAUAGUUCACCAAGCGGGGCAAACCAGGACAUCCCUGUCCCCCGAUAGUGUUAACUUUAAAAAUGCAAGGGGUUGGGAGGUAGCACACACAGGGACGUCACUGACGUCCCGUGCGUGCUCCCAUAGGAACAGAGGAGUGGAGCAUCGAGGAGGAGGUCUUGGCCGGCAUGGUAAGUUACCAGUUUCGAUGCUCCGAUCACCGCUCUUCUGGCCCCCGGAACCAUAGGCCAUAGCAGUAGGUUGUGACCCCUGACUGGAGUUGCGGUGGAGGGAGCACUGUGAGGCAGUACACAGGCAUACAGCCAUAUAGCCAUAUGGGAACUAUACUGCACCUAAUGUGGGGGGACUGCAACCUAAUGUGGGGGAACAUACUGCCAAACUAAUGUGGGGGAACUGCAACCUAAUGUGGGGGAACAUACUGCCAACCUAAUGUGGGGGAACUAUACUGCCUAUCUAAUGUGGGGUAACUACAACCUUAUGUGGGAGAACUAUACUGCCUACCUAAUGUGGGGGAACAUACUGCCUACUUAAUGUGGGGGAACAUACUGCCUACCUAAGUUGUUUUUUCUAAACUUAAACCUCAAUAUUCUGAUUCAAUUGCUGUGCUGGAUUUUUAAGGGAAAAAAAGUUGCCGUGCAUUACGGUUUGGGCUCAAGAAGGUUCACCAUCACUGCUCUAGUUCAAAUAAAUGUUUGUCAGAAGAGUAAAUUCUUAAAAUUUAGUUAAGUGACUGCAAAAAAACAGCCAGUCAGGUGUUAAUGUACAGAGUCCCUGUGGCUCUGUGCUACAAAGCUGUAGGCACUUUAUAUGGGAUUGCAUGUUAAAAAAAAACUUUUAAUUAAAUAAAGUAUUCAGUUGUUAAAAACGUUCCUAUUAUCAAUUCCUCAUAUGAAAUGUUUUUCUUUAAUUACUAAAACAUCAUUGGUUUUACUACAUCUGGAAAUAUCUAAACUGGUAAAAUAUCAUUAUUUAUGCCACAUGAUAA